ACUUGAAAAAUUUGGUUAGAUUUUUAACGAUUAUAUUUUUUGAAAGUUGUUUUCAUUUGUAAAAAUACAUGUAAAACAAAACCAAUAAGUUUCAAAAUCCUAAUAAUAAAUGCAAUAAAUUGUAUUCACAAGAGCCUAAACAAGCGGAGGGAAAUAUUAAUUAUAUCAUAUCAGUUUACAUCAACAAUCAGCAUUAUGAGGGAGUACAAAAAUGGAGACGAUCUUCUAAGUACAUUUAAUGAAAUCCAUCUGGAUAAGAGACACCUAAGUAGCAAUGUAUUUAGAGCCUGGUUUGAUACAGACUGUAAGGAUACUAAAGAAUAUCUUUCAUGGUUUUCUAUGUCUUUAAGAGAAGUAAAUUAUGUUUCCCCUCUAGAACAAGAAGAAUUUAAGAAUAUAAGAGAACAAAUUGAUUUACAAACAUAUUCUGAGGAGUUAAAGAGAUCUAGCAAUAAAUCUUCAGAUAUAUUGAAUGUUGCGAAAAAUAAGGAGGAUAUAUUAAUUUUAGAAGAGGAGCUUUUAUUACUAGAAGAAGAAAAUCACGCUUUGGAUAAUUUAAUAGAAAUCUAUGAGCAGCUAGAUAACAACUUAACGUUAGAUUUGACACUAUAUACGAAAAAGGAGAUUGAGACUAGCGUUGAAUGGAAAAGAUCACUUCAAAGUUGCAAAGUAUUGAGUAGUGCUAUCGAUGAUUGUUACAAUAACAUUUCUUUGGAUGGUUGCGAUCCGGAUGCAUACUUAACAAAUAUGGUUGAUCAAAAACAAUACCUGGAAGCACUGGAAAAAGUUAUUUUAAUGACUUCAAUUGAUGCCGAGAGAACUUUUUUAGAAAAAUCAGAAGAAUUUGAAUCUUUGGAGCUUGAUGUAUGCAAAAAAAGAAUUUUGCACAGUCAACAAAUAUAUAUUGGCAACUGUGUUGAAAUUGAGAAGCUUAAGGAUGUGAUGCAGUUUUUAAAUACAGUUGAAUUACGAGGGCCAUUUAGUUUGCCAAACAGUAUUGGGACAAAUGCAAAAGAGCUUCGUAAGAAAAUGUUGUGUGAUGAUUUGGAUUCAGUAAUCGCCAAACUUACUAAACAUUAUUUAAAACAAGCGCAACAUUCUUACAAUGAGUUUUAUCUUAUAGAAUUAGAGAAAAACUUACAAGAAAUAUCAUUAAUGUCUGAGGACGUUAUUAAGUGUUUAUCAUAUUAUAUAAUUACAAACUCGCUAUUAGUUGAAGAAAAGAAAGAUGUAGAGAUCCUUAAAAAAUUUUAUCACAAAAUGGAUGUAUACGCAAGAGAUGUUUUGAGGAAAUGCCAAAUAAGAACUGAACAAAUGCAAGCAGCUAUUGACUAUCAUAAGUCGUGCCUUUUAAGAACACCAUCAGACAAAUUUAAAUUGAUUUCGUCUAUAAGGAAAAUACUUUUCACUAACGGCCACAGUCUUCAAUCAAUCGCUGAUUCUGUCUGUAAAUUUAAAAACGAUUUGGAAAAAUUGGAAUUACAAAUGUUUUGUUUAAAUCUACGAAAUGAAAAGAAAAAGAUGAAACAAAUAAAUGAAGAUAUUAAUACUCUGACAAACUUUUUAACAUCUGGCCCUACAAAUAGAGUUCUUCUGGUACCAUUUGAGCUCCAGCAAUUAUUUUUUACAGUAGAGGAACAUUUAGGGAAAGAGGGUCAUGCUCUGGAACAUGCGAUGGAUAUUCAUAAACAGGCAACGAAAUCAAUGACGAAAGCUCAAAACUACAUACGAGAUCUGUGGAUUAGCUUCAUUACCAACCCGUCAAGAUUAGACGUAAUUUUGCAGCAAGCUGAAGACGAUUUUAAGAGACGAACGGAGCAAUAUUUUUAGUUUGUAAGUCACAUACCAAGUUAAACGUACACUACUAUGCUUGAAAAUAUAUAUUUUUUAAAUCUAGUUCAAGCAGAUCUAAUAUAAAAGUUGUUUCUAUAGUUAUUAAUAUUCCAGUUUAAAUUAUUUUUUAUGUUAAUGAAGUAUUUGCGAAAUUUGAAGUAUCUAAUAUUAGGCUCAGUAAGUUAAUUUUUAGUGAGUGGAAGAUCUGUUUUAGUCAUAGACUUAGUUCCUUAUUAUUUUUUUACAUGUGUAUUUUUUUAAAUAUAUAUACAUUUUAUAAGAAAA